UCGCACGGAGAAGCAUUAUAAACACCCGCCUUCUGCCAUCAAACACUUCGCUGUGUGGGCGCAUUCAAUUCGACAGGACUGGGCUUGUUGUUUGGAUUUUUGGGAAACAAGAGAAAGAGUCGCGCACCCCCCUUUUCAUACGCGACUGUUUGCUACGCGACGACGAUCCAAGAGCUAGGAAAACAGAAAAACGGUUCCGCAGAAAUGGCGUCAAACGGAAAAGUCAAAGCCAACGGCAAGGCCGCGAAGGCUCACGUAGAGGAAGAGCAUGGCUAUGAAUUCUUAGGACCACCUGGCGCGUUCAUCAUAUCAUUCGGACUUCCGGUCUUGGUGUAUGUGUUGACCUUCUUUUGCAACGACAUCUCAGGAUGUCCUGCACCUUCGCUGCUUCACCCUUCCACGCUCGAUUUCGAUCAGCUGAAGCGAGAGGUGGGAUGGACUGGUUUCGGGAGCUUGCUCAAUUGGGAGGCUUUUGUCGGAACUCUUGGCUACUACUUCCUCAGCCUGACUCUGUACGCUGUCCUGCCGAGUACGGAAGUCCCUGGUGUUCCUCUCACAUCUGGCCAAAGGCUCAAGUACCGCUUCAAUGCCUGGAACUCUGCGCUCUUCAUCCUCACCCUUUUGGCUGCCGGAACUAUCACCAGCGGCGCUGAUUUCGUUGUCUGGACAUUCAUUACUGACAACUUUGUCGGCAUCAUGACCACCAACAUCCUGAUCUCUUACUUCCUCGCUACUUUCUGUUACGUCCGCUCGUUCAGCGUCAAGCACCCCAAGGACCCUAACAACCGUGAGCUUGCCGCCGGUGGCCGCACUGGUAACUUGCUCUACGAUUGGUUCAUUGGCCGUGAGCUAAACCCGCGCGUUGUGCUUCCCAUCUUCGGCGAAGUCGACAUCAAGGCUUGGUGUGAGCUUCGUCCUGGUAUGCUCGGCUGGAUCAUCAUCGACCUUGCGUUCAUCGCGAAGCAAUACCACAACUUUGGCCGCGUCACCGACUCCAUUGUAUUGGUCACCGUCGCCCAGGCAGUUUACUCGCUCGACUCGCUCUUCAUGGAGCCUGCCAUUCUCACCACUAUGGACAUAAUCCAGGACGGCUUCGGUAUGAUGUUGUCAUUCGGUGACCUCGUCUGGGUGCCCUUCACCUACACCAUCCAAACACGCUACCUCUCCGUCUACCCCGUUGAUCUCGGCAUCAAGGGUAUCGUUGCUGUGCUCGCCGUCCAGGGCUUCGGCUACUACAUCUUCCGCUCCGUCAACAACGAGAAGAACCGCUUCCGCACCAACCCCGAGGACCCUCGUGUCUCUCACCUCAAGUACAUCGAGACUGAAGCUGGCUCGCGCCUUCUCAUCUCCGGAUGGUGGGGCAUGGCCCGCCACAUCAACUACCUCGGCGACUGGUUCAUGAGCUGGUCCUACGUCCUGCCCACCGCUCUGUCCGGCUACUUGAUCCGCAACGCCGCGCAGCAUCCCAUCACCGCCGCGCAAUCUGACGCAUACUUCUUCAAGGACAGCUACGGCAAAUACGCUGUCCCUGGUGAGGCCAAGGGCUGGGGCAUGAUCUUCACCUACUUCUUUAUGGUCUACUUCGCCGUCCUUCUCUUGCACCGUGAACGCCGUGACGAGGAGAAGUGCAGGCGCAAGUACGGCAAGGACUGGGACCGCUACGUCGAGCAUGUCCCCUACAGAAUCAUUCCGUACGUGUACUAAGCGAGCCGUAUUGGAGAGAAAUAAGAUGAAACGCUAUCGACCCAGCUGGGUCUGGUUGAAGACGUGCAUCUGCAGUUUGAUGCGAUGCUACCGUGCCACAGCCGGUUGAAUACAUGCAUCUAUUAUACCACCUUUUUUCUUUGUAUGUUAUAUAGAGGUGGAACGCUACCGCUCGGGCCGGUUGAAGACGUACACCCAAAAGCUGAGGAUUUGAAGAUGUGACGCUACUGCUUUCAUGUGGUUGAAGACGUGCAUCGCAAGAUGAGGGAAGAGAUGUAGCGCUAUCAUUGGAUUGAUUGAAGACGCACAUUUCGAUAGGAUAAUGUUUAUAUUGUAAGAUAUUGAAGAGUUGUUCGCGGCAUCGUGAUU